AGAGAGAGAAAAAAAAGGAAAGAAAAGUGGGGGGGAAAGUAGGAGGCGAGGAUCCUGCGCGGGCGUAAAAAACUCCUCGCCCCGGUGACGGAGGCUCAAAAGUUCAGGAGGAGCUUUUUUCCAAAGCAACUUUCCCGGAGCAGCAGGGGAAAAAAAGACGUGACAUUGAAGGAGAAAGAAAGCGGGGCCUUGAGGAUGUAAGAUCCAUUCUCCUUCUCCAGCUUUUGAGUUGUUCUCAAGUUGGGCGAAACACCGGGCCCUGAAGGAAGCGGACAAAGAGAGAAAGAGGUGUCUCCAAAGACCGCCCGAAAGGUAUUCAAUAACCCUGUCUCCAAAGACUGGAUGUGUUUUCAAGUUGGGCGAGACACCGAAGAGGACAAAGGCAUCGCGUCCAGAGAGAGAGAGAUUUCCAAAGAGUCCUACUGGAUGGAAGUGACUUUUCCUGGCUGGGAGAGGAAGGGGGGAGGACGCCUCCUAUAAUACUCCCCUCCCCCGACUUUUUGAGGGUCUGAGAGGAGGAGGAGGAGGAGGAAGAUCCCGGUGGCCUCUGUUGCUGCUUCCUCUCUGUUUGGCUCUGGCGCUGCGGAGGGGUGGAGGGGGGAAAGCGGAGGAGGCGGAGGAGGAGGAAGAGGAGGAGGAGGAAGAGGAGACGGCGUUGGCGAGACCUCGGGAAAGGAGGCCAUGCAGGCUCGCUACUCCGUCUCCAGCCCCAACUCGCUGGGAGUGGUGCCUUACCUCGGAGGCGAGCAGAGCUACUACCGAGCCGCGUACGCAGCCAUGCCGGCUCCGAUGAGUAUGUACUCCCCGCACCCGGCGGAGCAGUACUCCAGCGGAGGAGGAGGAGGCGGCGUUGGAGGCCGCCCUUACGGCCCUUCGUACCCUCCGCAGCCGCAGCCCAAGGACUUAGUCAAGCCGCCUUACUCCUACAUCGCGCUCAUUACUAUGGCCAUCCAGAACGCGCCGGACAAGAAAAUCACUCUCAACGGCAUCUACCAGUUCAUCAUGGAGCGCUUCCCUUUCUACCGGGACAACAAGCAGGGCUGGCAGAACUCCAUCCGGCACAACUUGUCGCUCAACGAGUGCUUCGUGAAGGUGCCCCGCGACGACAAGAAGCCCGGCAAAGGCAGCUACUGGACCCUGGACCCGGAUUCCUACAACAUGUUCGAGAACGGCUCUUUCCUCCGGCGGAGGAGGCGCUUCAAGAAGAAGGACGCCGUCAAGGACAAGGAGGAGAAGGACAAGCACAAGGAGCAACCUCAACAGCAACCACCUCCUCCUCCUCCGCAGCCUCAACCCCCUGUGCGGCUGCAAGACAUCAAGACCGAGAAUGGAAGCUCCGCGUCGGCGUCCUCGCCUCAGCAAGCCUUGUCCCCGCUCGGAGGACAACCGGUGCCGAAAAUUGAGAGCCCGGAAAGCUCUAGCACGAGUAGUAGCCUCUCCAGCGGAGUAGGAGGGGAAAGAAGCAGUCCUCGAGGAGGAGGGAGCAACAACCGAGGGAUGGCUUUGGAGAAUGCAACCGCACCACAACCAUCCCCACCAUCAUCACCACCACCUCAUCACCAAGGAGGAGGAGGAGGAGGAGGAGGCUUCAGCGUGGACAACAUCAUUAUGACUUCCUUGCGCGCCUCGCCUCAAGAGCUCCUCACAGUCCCUGUUUCUUCCUCCUCCUCGUCGUCGUCUUCAUCAUCUUCAUCAUCUUCCAAUCCUUCCAGGACUGGGGUUUUGCCUCCUCCGCCUUCGCUGGCGUUGAGUAGCUGCUACUCCCCGCAGAACUCGCUCUACAGCGCCCCCUGCAGCCAGGGCGCGGGGACUGCAGCCAGCGCCAACAGCAGCUACCAUUGCAAUUUGCAAGCCAUGAGCCUCUACGCGGCGGCGGCGGCGGCGGCUGCGACGGCGUCGUCUUCUGCCAAUGGGAGCAGCGCGGAGCAGGACCCGCUCCCGGAGUAUAGUUUGGCGGCGAGCAGUAGCAGCAGCGCGUCUUCCCUCAGCCUCAGCCCGCAGGAGAGCGGCAACGGGGGAGGAGGAAGCGGAGGAGGGCGCCUGGCGUCGUGGUACCUCAACCCCGGCGCGGCGGGAGGCGAGCUGACCCACUUGGCGCCCGUCUCCUCGGCCUCGCCGUCCUCCUCCUCGCCCACGGGCUACCCGCCGCCCCACGCGCCGCCCCACGCGCAGAACUUCCACGCCGUGCGGGAAAUGUUCGAGGCCUCGCAGCGGCUGGGGCUCAACCACUCCCCCGUCAACAACGCCAACAACGGCAACGCCAACAACGGCGGCAGUUGCCAAAUGGCUUUCCCGGCCAGCCAGCCCUUGUAUCGCCCCUCCGGCGCCUUCGUCUACGACUGCAGCAAGUUCUGACCCAACGCGACAGACUCUCCCAUCCAAAGACAGCCAGUAUAUAUACACCUCUCUAUAUAGAUACAUAGAUAUAUAAUCUCUACUUUUGAAUUAAGCCAUGCUUUGUUAAAGGACAGUGUUACUCCAAAUAACACGUAAGUUUGUGGGGUUGUUUAUAAUUUUUCGCCUAUUGUUUUUUUUUCUUCUUCCUCCUCGAGUUCGUUCUUUGGCACCUUCCACACAGCUGAAUAAAAUCCCACAUUAUUUGCUUUGGCAGUGUGGACUAAGGGCCCUUCCACACCGCCCUAUAUAUAUAUAUAUAUCCCAGAAUAUCAAGGCAAGAAAUCCCACAAUAUCUGCUUUGAAAUGGGUUAUCGAGUCCACGCAGAAGCCCCGGUGGCGAAGUGUGUUAAAGCACUGAGCUGCUGAACUUGCAGACCAAAAGGUGCCAGGUUCAAAUCCCGGGAGCGGAAUGAGCGUCCGCUGUUAGCCCCAGCUCCUGCCAGUCUAGCAGUUCGAAAACAUGCAAAUGUGAGUAGAUCAAUAGGUACCGCUCUGGCGGGAAGGUAACAAUCAUGCCGGCCACAUGAACUUGGAGGUGUCUACAGGUUGGCAGGUUAAAUCAGGGGAGUGGGGUGAGCUCCUGCUGUUAGCCCCAGCUUCUGCCAACCUAGCAGUUCGAAAACAUGUAAAUGUGAGUAGAUCAAUAGGUACCACUCUGGCGGGAAGGUAACAAUCAUGCCGGCCACAUGAACUUGGAGGUGUCUACAGGUUGGCAGGUUAAAUCAGGGGAGUGGGGUGAGCUCCUGCUGUUAGCCCCAGCUUCUGCCAACCUAGCAGUUCGAAAACAUGCAAAUGUGAGUAGAUCAAAAGGUACCGCUCUGGCGGGAAGGUAACAGUCAUGCCGGCCACAUGAACUUGGAGGUGUCUACGGUUUGGCAGUUUAAAUCAGGGGAGUGGGGUGAGCUCCUGCUGUUAGCCCCAGCUUCUGCCAACCUAGCCGUUCCAAAACACGCAAUGGCGCUCCAUGCAGUCAUGCCGGCCACAUGACCUUGGAGGUGUCUACGGACAACGCCGGCUCUUGGCUUAGAAAUGAAUUUGAGCACCAACCCCCAGAGUCAGACAUGACUGGACUUAAGUUACCUUUUUAUCGAGUCCAUAUUCAGAUAAUGUAGGAUUUUCUGCCUUGAUAUUCUGGGGAUCCUUCCACACAGCCCUAUAUCCCAAAAUAUCAAGGCACAUUAUCUGAAUGUGGACUCAGAUAACCCAGUUCGAAGCAGAUAUUGUGGGAUUUUCUUUCUUGAUAUUUUGUGUGAAAGGGCCCUUUAAGUUUUUCCUCCCAUCUUUUGCUUCUUUCAUUGACUCCUGAGGCCCUUUCUACUGCCAUAUAAAAUCCACCCUCUUCUUUGAAUUGGAUUAUAUGGCAGUGUAGACUCCCACAAUCCGGUUCAAACUACAGGAGAGUCUUACUUAUCCAACGUAAACGGCCGCCACAAUGUUGGAUAAGCGAAUAUGUUGGAUAAUAAGGAGAGAUUAAGGAAAAGCCUAUGAAACAUCAAAUUCGGUUAUGAUUUUACAAAUUAAGCACCAAAACAUCAUGUUAGACAACAAAUUUGACAGAAAAAGUAGUUCAAUACACAGUAAUGCUAUGUAGUAAUUACUGUAUUUACGAAUUUAGCGUGUUGGAUAAUCCAGAACGUUGGAUAAGUGAGACUCUACUGUACCAUGAUAUUUGGGUGCUACAUUCGUAAAUACAGUAAUUACAACAUAACAUUACUGCAUAUUGAACUAUUUUUUCUUUCAAAUUUGUUGUACAACAUGAUGUUUUGGUGCUUAAUUUGUAAAAUCAUAACCUAAUUUGAUGUUUAAUAGGCUUUUCCAUAAUCUCUCCUUAUUAUCCAAUAUAUUCGCUUAUCCAAGCUUCUGCCAGCCCGGAGACUCUACUGUAUAUGGCAGUGUGGACUCAGAUAACCCAGUUCAAAGCGGAUAAUGUUGGAUUUAGUGCCUUGCUAUUCUGUGUGGAAGGGGCCUUUUGUUAAGUUUUUCCUCCCACUUGGACCCUCUUUUGCUUCUUUCAUAUCUACCGCCAUAUAAAAUCCACCCUCUCUGCUUUGAAUUGGAUUAUAUGGCAGUGUAGACUCCCAUAAUCCGGUUCAAAGUAGAUCAUGCGAGUUAUCUGAUUUGAUAAAAUUGAUUAUGGGCCCUUUCACACAGCCCUAUAUCCCAGAAUACCUAGGCAGAAAAUUUUGAGUGUGGACUCAGAUAACCCAGUUUAAAGCAGAUAUUAUUGGAUUUUCCACCUUGGUAUUCUGGAAUAUAGGGCUGUGUGGAAGGGGCUUGGGAGAUCUGGGGCCUUGUUGAUUCUUCCCAUAUAAAAUCCAAAUUUAUCUGCUUUGAACAGUAUUAUAUGAGUCUACACGAGUUCGAAGCAAAUAAUGUGGAUUUUAUAUGGCAAAUUUAGGAUGAUGUUUCCGCCUAUUUCUUUGGCCCCUUUCACACAGCUGUAUAAAAUCCACAUUGAAUUGGAUUAUGUGUCAUUUUAGAAUAUAAUCCGGUUCAAAGUAGAUAAUGCAGGUUAUCUAAUUUGAUAACCCGGAUUAUAUGGUAGUGUAGAAGGGGCCUGGGAGAUCUGGGACCUCGUGGACACUGCCAUAUAAAAUACAGAUUUAUCUGCUUUGAACUGGAUGAUAUGAGUCUCCACUGUCACAUAAUCCAGUUCAAAGCAAAAAAUCUGGAUUUUAUAUGGCAGUGUAGAUGGGGCCUGGGUUUAGGCAUCUGACUUCCCUCCAAACCCCCAAAAUAACCCGCACAGUUUUAGGGUGCUGCUUCUUUGGCCCCUUCCACACAGGCCUUAUAUCCCAGGAUCCGAUCCCAGGUUUUCUCCUUUAAACUGCAUUAUAUGAGUCCGCACUGCCAGAUAAUCUGGGAUAAAUAAAAAAACCUGGGAUCAGAUCCUGUCUGGAAGUGCUCACAGCUGUAUAAAAUCCACAUUGAACUGGAUUAUGUGGCAUUGUGGACUCAGAUAAUCCAGUUCAAAGCAGAUAUUGUGGAUAAUCUGUCUUGAUAUUCUGGUUAUAUGGCUGUGUGGAAGGGCUCUCUUUCUUUCUUUCUUUCUUUCUUUCUUUCUUUCUUUCUUUCUUUCUUUCUUUCUUUCUUUCUUUCUGUCCUCCUUCCUUUUUUCUCCCUCCCAGGGCUCUUUUUUUCUAUGCCAAGGACUUGUUUUAAAGUGUAAAUGGAUAUAUAGUAAUUUAUUUUUAAAGUUGUAGUCUGGAUUCUUUGGACCAAACGCCAGAAAGUGUUCUUUCCUUCCCAUCUUCCCACCUCUUGACUUUCCAAAUGACCUGCAACCUUUAUAUUUGUUUCCAUUAUAUACGAAAAGGGAAAUGUGUAUUAAUCUUAUUUUAUCGUUUUUUUCUCCUCUCUCUUUUUGUUGUUGUUGUUGAAGAUAUCCUGAAGUCAUUAACUUGUUUAUUAAUAAAUUACCAUUCAAUUGAA